UUCUUUCGUUUUUCUCAGUCUUCCUGAAGAAGCAAAACAGAGUCGCCGAGUCGCAGCCAUGGCGAAGGGCGAAAGCUCCGGCGAUACUUCUCGCCCAUGGCAAUCCUAUCACACAGCCUACACGAACGCCAAAGCAGGAAUGGAGGGGGUGGACAAAGAAAAAGUGCAAAGGAUUGUAUACGAAAUGAGCAAGGGUUCCAAGUAUUUUGAGAAUGAGGAGCGCAAGAUGGCUUUCAUAAAGCAGAAAAUCGAAAACAUGCGUGCUCAUUGUGCGAAGCUCACUGCUUCUGAUAUAUCUCACUAUCAGAAGGUUGCUGAUAAAAGAAUUUUGGAGCUAGAAGUUACUCGUGACCUGAAGAGGAUUUGGCUACAUGUAGAUAUGGAUGCCUUUUAUGCAGCUGUUGAAACAUUAAGCAAUCCCUCGCUAAAGGGAAAACCAGUGGCUGUUGGGAGCAUGUCUAUGAUCUCUACUGCUAAUUAUGAGGCACGGAAGUUUGGGGUUCGUGCUGCAAUGCCUGGUUUCAUUGCACGCAAAUUGUGUCCACAGCUGAUUUUUGUUCCCACAGAUUUCGAGAAGUAUACUCAUUAUAGUGAUUUAACUAGAAAAGUUUUCCAGAGAUAUGAUCCCAACUUUGUGGCUGCUAGUUUGGAUGAGGCAUACCUUAAUAUAACAAAUGUCUGCACAGAAAGGGGUAUUGCUGCUGAAGAAGUUGCUGAAGAGAUCAGAAGAAGUGUUUAUGAAGAGACUGGCCUGACAUGCAGUGCUGGAGUGGCACCAAACCGCUUACUUGCGAAGGUUUGCUCAGAUAUUAAUAAGCCAAAUGGCCAGUUUGUUUUACCAAAUAACAGGAUGGCUGUCAUGACAUUCAUAUCCUCACUCCCAUACGGAAGCAUUUUGUUGCAGAUUGGGGGCAUUGGUAAGGUCACUGAACAUCUUUUAAAGGAUGUUUUUGGAAUUACAACCUGUGAGGAGAUGCUGGAAAAGAGGGGUUUCCUCUGUGCACUAUUUUCUCGUUCUUCAGCAGAUUUUUUCCUCUCUGUGGGUCUGGGACUUGGAGGAACAGAGACCCCUGAAGCUAGGUUAAGAAAAAGUAUAAGUAAUGAGAGAACAUUUUCAGCUACAGACAAUGAGGCCUUGCUGCAUCAGAAAUUAGCGGAUCUUGCAGAUAUGCUUUCUGCUGACAUGAAAAGAGAAGGUGUUUGGGGCCGAACAUUAACACUAAAACUGAAAACUGCAUCGUUUGAGGUUCGAACUCGAGCAGUGACUUUGCAGAGGUUCAUUUGUUCGAGUGAGGAUAUCUUGAAACACGCUGCAAAGCUGCUGAAGGCUGAACUUCCCAUAUCUUUAAGACUAAUUGGAUUGCGAAUGUCUCAGCUCAAUGAGGACAGUGACGGCGCUCCAUCUGAUCCUACACAAAAAACUCUCUCCAACUUCAUCAUGUCAAGAGAUUCUACUGGAAGAAACAUGGAUGACCCUGUGUCCUGUGGCUCAGAUCAUAGUGAUGGCCAUUUCCUAAUUAAACCAGAACUUACUGACAAUUAUGAAAAAUCUCAUACCGAUUUUAGAGAUGCUUUGAAUUGCAAUGAAGUAUCAGAUCCUACCAAUGGUACCUGCAAUUUUCACAACAAAAAUGAUACAACAGAGGAAACCAGUGGAUCACCUGAGAACAAAUCUGGGGCCAAGGCUGAUACUUUUGAAAUAAUGCGGGGCCAACAAGUGUCUUAUGAAGCUGAAUCAGCAAAAGUGAUAAAUGGAGAUACUUUUUCUUUAUCUGGACAGCUUGAGGGAGGUGGCCUGGAUGGAGUGAAUAAGACGGCCAAACUUUUUGAUGAUGGAGCAGUAUCUUCAUCAAAUCAGAAAGAGCAAGAUCUGUGGGUGGAUGACUACAAGUGUUCGCUCUGUGGCGUUGAACUGCCUCCAAGUUUUGUUGAGGAAAGGCAAGAACAUUCUGAUUUUCAUUUUGCUGAGAGGCUGCAAAAGGAGGAAUCAGAUUGCAAUCCCAGAAAUCUCACUCUUAGUCAGAGGUUUACUCAGAAAGAUCGAGUUACAAGCCAAAGCAAGCAAAAGAAGAAACAGAAAUUGUCCCCUAGAGGUGGGAACCAUCUGCCAAUUGAUAUGUUCUUUGUAAAAAAACGCAGUGAAAACUUAUAGUGUUGCAUGUGCUUAUCUAUAAUAACAAUGCAUAUCAUAGAAACAAUUAGUAUAUUUAACAUAUCAAUUUCAUUUACUUUGCCCUGAUGUAUAGUAUUUCAAAUGUUGUAUCUUAACAUUAUCCAAAUUGUUGGGACGAGACAAUAUUCAGCCAAAACAUAAAAACAAAACCCAAAAAAUAGAGCC